GCCGAAAGAGGAAAGGCUACGUCUGCAAGAAAAGAGGAAACGUUCCGAAACCUUCGCAGCAGCCUCAUGACGGAUUUAAGGAGACCCUUGUCUGCAACGACCGUUCUGCUGACCUGGUAUGUGAGGCUGAGGGUCAGAAGCAAGGUCGCAUCAGCAUCCAGUCUGCCUUUUACGGUCGGCGGAGCUGGGAUGUUUGCUUGGCGGACGGCGACUCAUACAAUGACGAGUACUGCGCAGUGGAAGGCAUCCUCCCUCGCUACAGGAAAAUGUGCAACAGCCAGCAAAAAUGCCACAUUGAGCUUUUGGAGGACGAGUCCUGCCCUGCCUCCUCCUCCAAAUAUCUGCAGAUGGUCUAUAGCUGUGAACAGAAAGUAUGUCUCGACAGUCUGGGCAUCGCCGACGGGAGCGUCGCAGACUCUUCCUUCAUGGCCUCCUCCUCAAUGGAAGACGCCACCCCAGAAAAAGCCCGCCUCAAUGGAGAGUCCUGCUGGAAGCCGGCAAAAGCUCCCAUCGGCAGUUGGAUCCAGGUGAACCUCGGUUACACGAGAAAGGUGACGGGGAUCGUGACCCAGGGCUGUGAUGGUGCUAAUACUAGCUCCUGGAACAUCCAUCUUGAGAUGAAGCUGAGCGUUAACUGGAGGAAGUGGACCGAGCACCCAAACGGGAAGUUCAUCGGCGGUGGGACUCACCUGCUUGAGACGCCCGCGUUCGCUCAGUACGUCCGCAUCCUGCCGCUGGAGAAUCUUCCCGAAUUUGGCCUCCGCUUCGACAUCUUGGGAUGCGCACAUGACGAUGAGACGACCUGCGCCAGAACGUUCAACAGCCUCCACGUGACCGAUUCGAUGACGUUCUACUGUCCCCCGGGCUGUGACAAAGAGGAACACUUUGUCUUUGGAUUGAUGGUCUACUCUGCGGGCUCGCACGCCUGCGCGGCCGCUAUUCACGCCGGAGUCAUCCGGAGCGACAUCGGAGGAGAUUGUAUCGUGAUGAGAGCUCCCAAACAGCAAGUCUACACGGGCUCCACCAGGAACGGGAUCACCUCCAGACAUUUGGUCGACCCACUGGACGUGUCGCACACGUUUGGAGACGGAGAGCCCAGAUGCUCAGCGCCUGACUGGGAGGAGUUUGCCGGUUUCUGCUACAAAACCUUUGAGGGCAAAAAGAAAUGGGACGAUGCGCAACUCGUCUGCCGUCGUCUCGGAGCCGAUCUGGUGUCCAUCCACUCCGAGGUGGAGCAGGCGUCGGUGAAAAAUGUCUCCAACCUCGAAACCAGCGACAUGUGGACCGGACUGAACGACCUGGCGCUUGCCGGCACGUUGGUGUGGUCGGACCGCCACGAGGUGACCUUCACCCACUGGGCCGCGGGAGAACCCAGCCAGCGCGUCGGCCUCGGCAAACACUGCGUGGCUGUGCUACGGCAGACUGGAAGGUGGACGCUAAUGUCCUGCGCCCAGGCCAACAGCUUCAUGUGCAAAAUGCCCACAGCGCAUUUUCCAAUUGCCUCACCGACUCCUACCGUCCCCAAGGUCGUGGCCGACCCGAGCCCGAUGCUUGCCCCAGGCAAAAGUCCCUCAUCGGAGCCACAGGCUGCCGGUGGAGAAACUCUACAAAGGCGCCCUCCAAGCAAGUCAGCAAAGAAGAAGAAGAAGAAGAAGAAGCAGCAGCAGCAGCAGAAUGAAUAG